AUGUGAAAAGACGCUCUUUUUUGGCGGUUCUUUUGCUUCUCCUUCCUCUGGAGUCUCGAGUCUCGAGCCCUUUAUUCGAUGAACAAGGUUCUUCAGUUAGGUCUCCAGAGCUCCGUCAUCAAUGUCGCCAAGUUUCUGGUGGUGCCUAUUAGGAGUUUAAGAGUUGGUUCAUCUAUCGUUGGUGUUGGAGUAGGAACGAGAAGUGUCAACAAGAGGCUUAUGUCAAAUGCUACAGUUAAAUCUAUACCUUUCUCUAUCAACAACAGCAAGGGAAAGGAGGUACUCAAGAUAGUAGGAGCAGCUACUGAUCAGAAUUGUCAUCAGAUGGGAAGUGAUAGUGGUAUAGCUGAAAUGGGAACUCUUCAAGAUGAUCAAAAGGAUAUUGAGGCGAUGACGGUUCAAGAACUUAGAGCCACAUUGAGGAAACUUGGGCUACCUGUGAAAGGACGCAAACAAGAACUUAUCUCAACUUUACGACUUCAUAUGGACAGCAAUUUACCUGAUGAAAGUUCUGUUUCCGAUCAAAAGGAAACUACUUCGUCCACCCGUUCAGAUAGUGUUAUGAUCAAAAGAAAGAUCAGAAACAUGGAAGAGCCUACUGAAGAUGACUGCAGUAACUCUGAAGCUUAUGGCAUUGAACACGGAGAAAAAAGAGUAAAACAGUCUACUGAGGAAAACUUGAAAGCUAAAGUUUCUGCGAAAGCCAUCUCGAAAGAACGGAAGUCAUUGACGAAAACAGGUAAGCAGCAAAUUCAUUCAAAAGAGGAAGCAUCAUCGACCAUCUCUAGUGAAUUACUGAAAACUGAAGAAAUGAUCUCAUCCCUGAGUCAAAGUGAACCGUGGACUGUACUUGCUCAUAAGAAGCCUCAGAAGGACUGGAAAGCUUAUAACCCAAAGACAAUGAGACCUCCCCCUCUACCAGAGGGUACCAAGUGUGUGAAGGUUAUGACUUGGAAUGUUAAUGGGUUGAGAGCAUUGUUGAAGUUAGAGAGCUUCUCUGCUCUGCAGCUUGCCCAAAGAGAAAAUUUUGAUAUCUUGUGCUUGCAGGAGACUAAACUCCAGGUUAAGGAUGUUGAGGAAAUUAAGAAAACUCUUAUUGAUGGCUAUGAUCAUAGUUUCUGGUCCUGCAGCGUCUCAAAACUAGGCUACUCUGGAACUGCAAUAAUCUCACGGAUAAAACCACUCUCAGUUAGAUAUGGUACUGGUCUAUCUGGAUCUGAUCAUGACAUGGAAGGGCGUAUUGUAACUGCUGAAUUCGACUCCUUCUACUUGAUUAAUACUUAUGUCCCUAAUUCCGGAGAUGGCUUAAAAAGACUGUCAUACAGGAUCGAAGAAUGGGAUCGAACCCUUAGCAAUCACAUCAAAGAGCUGGAAAAGUCUAAGCCUGUAGUCUUGACGGGUGAUCUAAAUUGUGCUCAUGAAGAAAUUGACAUCUUCAAUCCUGCGGGGAACAAAAGAAGUGCUGGUUUUACAAUAGAAGAAAGGCAGUCCUUUGGUGCAAACUUCUUAGACAAGGGAUUUGUAGAUACCUUUAGAAAGCAACAUCCUGGUGUUGUCGGUUACACUUAUUGGGGUUAUCGCCAUGGUGGCCGCAAAACCAACAGAGGAUGGAGACUGGACUACUUCUUGGUGUCCGAAUCAAUUGCAGCCGAUGUCCAUGAUUCUUACAUCCUCCCUGAUAUCAAUGGAAGUGAUCAUUGCCCUAUUGGCCUUAUUCUCAAGCUCUGAUUUGGGUAAAGUCUUUAGUAGCUUUUAUCUAGAGAUUCACAGGUUUUGCUUCUACAGAGAGCUUGCUCAUUUAAAAUAUGGAAUAAUAUAUCUAUCAGUAA